UGGGAUUGGACAAAGGUUUGUCGCUUUAACGCAUGUGAACUGACCGGCAGGAGUGCAUCCUUUUCAUUUUACGAAAGAUCGUCGUCGCUGUUAUUCAACCUCGUCGUCUUUUCCGAAAUCAUUAACAACAGGUGAGCCAUGCCAUCCGUACCCUCCAGUACAGACAAUGGUGGCCUGACCCAAAUCUGCCCGCAUGCUGCCAAGAUGAUGCUCCUCGGUGGUGACGUCAAAGCCAAUGGGGAGGCCAUCUUAAACGGUGACGCCAAACUGAAGAUGGCCGCCAUGACCGGAGAGAACGGUCGUCACGUGUCCAAUGGACAUACAAAUGGAGAAGGCAAUGGCAUGGCCCAGGUGCAUGCGGAGCUGGGCGCUGAGGACGAGAAUGGAGAGGAGGGACCAAUGGAAAGGAAGUGGAUCAGGCCGGACCUGCCCAGCAGAUGCUCCUGGAGACUUGGAGGCCCCAACCUAGGCAACCCUCACCACCACGUGGAAAGGGCAAAGCCUCCCAGCAUUCUGCCAAACAUCUUGACGAGAAUUGGAGACACCCCUCUUGUCCGUAUCAAUAAGAUCCCUAAGGCCUUUGGUCUGAAGUGUGAGCUCUUGGCAAAAUGCGAGUACUUCAACGCCGGCGGCAGUGUAAAGGACCGCAUCAGCCUGCGCAUGGUGGAGGAUGCGGAGAGGGAAGGGAUCCUCAAACCUGGAGACACCAUCAUCGAGCCCACCUCCGGCAACACAGGCAUAGGUCUGGCUCUGGCUGCUGCCGUGAAGGGCUACCGCUGCAUCAUCGUCAUGCCGGAGAAGAUGAGCAUGGAGAAGGUGGACGUACUGCGUGCCCUGGGUGCCGAGAUCGUCCGAACACCCACCGCCGCUCGUUUCGACUCCCCGGAGUCUCACGUGGGUGUGGCCUGGCGGCUGAAGAACGAGAUCCCCAAUGCCCACAUCCUGGACCAGUACCGUAACCCCAGCAACCCCCUGGCCCACUACGACACCACCGCUGAGGAGAUCCUGGAGCAGUGUGACGGAAAGGUGGACAUGCUGGUGGCAGGAGCUGGCACCGGUGGCACCAUCACUGGCAUUGCCCGCAAGCUGAAGGAGAGAUGCCCCAACAUCAAGAUUAUUGGUGUGGACCCCGAGGGCUCCAUCUUGGCAGAACCGGAGGAACUGAACGUCACAGAUAAGACCCAGUACGAAGUGGAGGGCAUUGGCUACGACUUCAUCCCAACUGUGUUGGACCGAUCGGUGAUCGAUGGCUGGUACAAAUCGAAUGACGAUGAGUCUUUCGCUAUGUCGCGCAUGCUCAUCCGAGAUGAAGGACUCUUGUGUGGGGGCAGUUCUGGGACGGCCAUGGCUGCUGCUGUGAAUGUGGCCAAGGAGCUGAAGGAGGGUCAGCGCUGUGUGGUCAUUCUACCCGACUCCAUUCGCAAUUACAUGUCCAAAUUCCUGAGUGAUAAGUGGAUGUGUGACAAGGGCUUCCUGAGAUAUGAAGACCUGAUGGUGAAGAAACCUUGGUGGUGGAACCUGACACUGCAGGUGCUACGCCUGUCCGCUCCUCUGACUGUCCUGCCCACCGUCACCUGUCAGAAGACCAUCAAGAUCCUGAAGGAGAAGGCCUUCGACCAGGCCCCAGUGGUGGACGAGACUGGGGUGAUUCAGGGCAUGGUCACUCUGGGGAACAUGCUCUCCUCUGUGCUGGCUGGGAAGGUCAAGCCAUCGGAUCCUGUGAGCAAGGUUCUGUACAAGCAGUUUAAACAGGUGCGGCUGACUGAUAACCUGGGCAAACUCUCUCGUAUCCUGGAGACUGAUCACUUCGCCCUGGUGGUGCACGAACAGAUCCAAUACAUGACGGAUGGCUCGCCAACGCUCAAGCAGAUGGUGUUCGGGGUCGUGACGGCCAUCGACCUUCUCAACUACGUGACCACGCGGGAGCGGAGGGAGCGGUCCCUGUCUGAGUGCUCCAUGACCAGCAAUGACGAGCAGUGACCACAUGUAUGGACUACUUCUGAUGUUCUGCAUUUGACUAAUCAGACCUUUUCUGCAUUUCCUCUCUUGGUACAUGUCAUAAAUUCUUGCACUAUGACAAGUUCUUUCCAUCAAGCUUGGGAAGAAAUCAGUCGGUACUACCAAAAAAUUACUGUAUUACUGUUUAGUCGAGAAUGUAUAGAAAUAUAUAUGAUUUAUCUGUUUAUUUUGCCUUGCGUCAUAAUAAGGGUUCUUUGGCCAGCAAAAUCUAGCAAUCUCCUUUUGUUGUUGUCCAUAACGUCAGCAUUUUAUUCUUUCAUGAGUACUACAUUGAAAACAGAAUGCACAGUAGAUUUAGUGAACCAAAGCCUAGCACCAGAGCAAGCGCACACAUUAUAAUCCCAUUGGAAAGUGUAUAUAUUUGAUACUUUUGAGACACUUGUCUUUUUGUCUUGGGACUUCCAAAUAUCUAUCAUAUUGUUUAUGAGGCCAUGCGAAAAUGUCAUAGCUCAUACUUCAUUUCAUGAUCAAUGGUGUUAUACUGAAAGAAAAAAAGCCCUACACUUAAUUUCCGACUGGCAUUCAUUCAGGGGUAUGCUGCCACCUGGUGACAGAAAAAGGUAGCACAGUUAUUGGUCAAAUGUGAUUGACAGGGUUGAAGAAUUGGCUCACAAAGUCCUCUAAACGCAAGUACUAAGGUGUGUUUGGCAGACACCAAACAGCUCCCAACCAAGGUGACUUGUGUUGGUUAAUUUUUCUUGUAUUGAGACAAGAUCUUUUAAAAAAAAAAUGUUUUAGUUUUGAUGGGUGUAUUUAAAGAGAGUACUUGAGGUUAGGUUUAUACAGACAGAUCUUUUAUAGAGAUCUCCAUGUAUGGAACAGGGUUGGUUUUUUUUUUUUUUUUUUUUGGGGGGGGGUUAUUUUCUUACGCUUACAAUGUAUGGUAUUGACUACAUGUAAAAUGAAUAAAUGUAUCUGAAAUUAGAUUAAAUGUGUCAUUUCUUGAAUUCUAGAGGGUUAAAAUACAGAGUGAUUGAGAUUUAAAGAAAUUAAAAAUGAAAAUCAUAUGCUUGUUUUUCUUCAGUUAUUCUUUUUGUGUUUUUCCCCCAUCUGUUUUGCUUUGUAGUUGAUGCUUAUGUGUACAAACCAAUGUAAGUACCUUAGUUUUGUGUUUUUUGUUUACCAAUGUCUCAUGUCUUUUGUAAUUGCAUAAGUUUGCUUCAAAUAAAGAUUUUCUCUUCUGAUGCGA